AUGGGGCAGGCUGGAUCCGUGCAGCAGCAACACGCUCUACGCAACGUGCUCUCGCUGCGCACUGCACCACGGAACGUCAGCGACACGGAACUCGAAGAGAUCCUCUGCACGUUCUGCGCGCUCUUCCCACUCGAGCUCCAAGUGCCCGAUGCAAGUUUCACCAAUGUCGUGCGUGUCGCCGUCAAGCAGCGGCGUCUUUUUGAUGUAAUGCACGAGCUACUGCAAGAGCAAACGGUGCAGAUGCCAUGCAACAGUAGACGCGACAUGACGCCACUGAUCCUCACGAGCUUCCGGCGCGUGAUUCGGUGGCGAGAGCUCUACAAACUCUGCGCCAAGUGCUCGUUGAAGCCUUUUCUAGCGUGUCUCCAUCGGCCGGCACGAACGAGUGUUUUGUCGGGCUUGGAGACGCUGGAGUUGAUGCUGUCGCCCUGUCUGGACUUUGACGUUGGUGAUAAAGCCGCAGAUCGAAGCGAAGCAGCGAAUCGACGACAUUUUGCUGAGUCAGGAGGAUACGAAGUGCUGGUGUCGUUGCUGGUGCAAUACGGGACUGCUGUCGAGAAGCAGGAGAAGACGAACAAAACUGAACCAGUGCUACAAAGCGUGCUGAACAUUUUUAUCGUGACACUCGUGUCGAGACGAGCAAGAACAGAUGCUGUGACGUGCACACAAGCAGUAAACGCAUUGACGGAUGCUCGGGUGACUUUACUGGACUUGUGUCAUUGCCGAGAGGGUUGUGGCCAAGAAGUCACGACGCUUGCGAUUCGAUUGGUGAAAGGGCUGUUUCGUAUCGCGGACCUCGAUCAGGUGCAUCGACUGCAGGAAACGGCGAGGGUAUAUGGCGCUUUGUUGUACGCACUGGAAACAGCGGUGCAAGAAGAUGCAAAGAUGAAAACAACCGAGCACAGGGAAGAAGAUGCGCAUAGCGAUGAACUUGGAUCGGACUUGCAGAAGUUGUGCGCUGACCUCGUUGCGGUAUUCUGUGCUGGCAACAGCAGCUCGACAGAGACGAUGAACCGCAUACUUCCAGUUGGACUUUUUAUGCCGGCAAAGAAUCGCGUGGAGUCUAAAGUCCAGCACACGAUGGCAUCGCCACUCGUUGCCAAGGCUACGCUUGGAGCAAGUGGUGUGCGAGCAUUGCCACACUUUUCGUUUGAUUUCGACCACCCCAAGCGCCUAUUAACAACGAAGUCCAACGUUUCUGAAGCUGAUGAGAGCGUUGGAACUAAACGUAACCGGUUAGCGUCGCAUGCAUGUGACGCAGAAGAUUCCGGCGGGGGCGCCUGUGAACGAUGGCGCAGUGAAGCGCGCGAAAAGGGCGAACACUGGCGAAAAAUGAUGAAGGCUAUCCUCCUUACACAUGAGAGUCCGAAAUUAGUCUGGCGUGCCCCUAUGCGUGCAGAACUGCAUUCAGCUUUGCAAGGUGAAAUUGAAGCUCUCGAACGUCGCCGGCGACACAUGACAGAGAAUGAGGUCGUGCGGUCUGGAGAGCGCAUACCGCGCUGGCACUACGAGAUGUUUCACGUGAGUUACGCUUCGAUGCAUAAAGAGCUUGUGGUGAACAACUACUUUGUGAAGUACUUGAUUCCUCAUGUGGCUGACUUGACGAACGCGUACGAGAUUGCUGAGCCCGUCAUCUUGGCUUGGCAUCUUUUUGAUCAACUUGCGGUAGAAGACGAUGAAGAACGAGCAAUUUGGUGUGCUCGGUGCUUGCGGUUGAUUGUCCGACGCUAUGCAAUGUUGUUUCAUGGGCAGAUCCCAACCCAUUACGUACUCCUGCUACUGCGUGAUCACAUGAACCACUCGCCCGCAUUUGUUCGCGAAUGUUUCCUUCUACUCCAUGCUGCUAUCGGUACCUCGCAGAACGUUCUGUCGGAACACUUGAGUCAACUUGGCACAACAGUGGCGCGCACUGUUGUCGACGUUCUAACGGAUCCCGCACUUCUAGCAACGCUGUCAACACCUCUUGAAUCAGUCGACACAGUUGACCAGGAUGCAUCUGUGCGGUUUGUAGAACCGGAAGAUGAGGCUGUUGCAGUAGUCAAUCAGCGCGACGGGAUGUUGCGGGCAGGCAUCUCGGUUCUGCUUGCGGUCACUAGGCGUGACAAGUUCGCAUUGCAGCUGCUUCGCCCCAAGCGCAUCAUCUUCUGUCGACUCAUUGCGGUGGAGACUUUGGACCAUGUGACUAUCACUCAUGUACUCUUUCUGUUGGAGCAAUUGGAGCUUCUGGACAACAAUGACGAUGACUGCAGCACUUCUUCUGAAGCUGUAGCAACAUCAGGUUGUUCAUCGUUAACUUCGUAUAGCCCGGUGUCUGCCGAAUCACGUAUGAGUGCAACAGUGGACAGUAGCUGGAGAUCUCUCACGCUUGUGUACGCUUUGCUCGCUAGUUGUGAUCCAAAAGGGAUGGGAAUGUGCGUGGCCACAGCUGCAUUUCUAAAGAAGUGUUGCGCGCAACCCUUGAGCGUCUGCAGCAAGGUGACGGAUGCCUAUUCGAUAACUUCCUUCAGCGAUUUCAGCACUUUGCUACGCGAUGCACUUGGAUUUGGUGGUUGUGGUAUGGAACGGCUUUUGCUUUCGGUAAGCUCUGAGAAAUUUACAAACGUUUUCAACGUAUCCCAAAUACGCGCGGCGGAUGUGAACUGGGGUCUUGCGCAACGCGUGCGGUUGUAUCGGUAUUUGAAACUCAAGUAUAUGGGCUUCAGUGAACAGGAGUCAACGCCAAGCUGGAAAUCUGUUGCAGAUGCCGACGCGGAUCACCACUACGAAGAUGAUGAUAUUUUCAUCGGCAAUAUCUUCUUGCGUUCUUACGUUGAAGGCGAUGGAGAGUUCUUGGGCAAGUGGAUGCCGGAGGUGUAUAGCGAGUCAAUUUACGCGCUAUUCGAAGAGCUCGCGGUGGUCGGUCGCAAAGAAGCUGCGUACGUCGGAACUGAAAGUGCUAGCCUCUCGACGUCACGUUCACAGCAUUUGCUUAGCGAGAGAUCAUGUGCAGCUGAACCGUGGGAGGUACAAGUACUAAUUUUGAAGGCUUUAGCUCGACUCGUUCCAGCCCGUUGUUGUGCUGAAGUCAAGAUCAAGAGCGAUUUCUAUGAGUCUCUAUUGGCCCCGCUGCGCCGGUCCAUGCUCAGUGAAGCAGACCAGCUGCGCGGGAUUUUGUCGUUGGAGCUUUUUGUGUCGAUUCUGUCUACUCCUGAGAAGUACAGCCUCAAUACCGGCACGUGUCGACUAUUUUUUGAAGAGCGGGGUCUACAAGUGCUCGCCGAUUGUCUUGAGCGGAUGCGCGGACCCACGUACCAGCAUGCCCUGCAAAUGGUGAAAGUGUCUGGACCCCAUUGGCGGAGCGAUCGAGGCAAUAAAAACAUGGCGCGCGUACUUUUGCGUCGCUUGACAGAGGUGCUAUCGACUCUGGCAAACCAAGAGGAAGCAGGCGUUCGAGCUAUAAGGAGGAAUCCGGAAGUGGUGAUCGCAUUGAUCGAGCUCGCGUCACGUCAAGUGAUUGUACAGUACGCAAAUAUUGACGCAGCGAGCCUGUGUCUGAGGUGCCUCGGUGGAUUGUGCCGUUUUAUUGGUCUUCGUGCACUAGUGGUCAACGCCGGUGGCAUACUGUCGCUUCUGGAUAUCGUAGCGUUUUGCCCGGCCGGUGAUAUUGAUGAAGCAUUGACACCGGAGUCGCUGGCCUCAGACACACGGAGUGAAUCGGACACAUCGUGUGCUGAUGACGGUGAAGAAGGGCAUGCAACCGAUAUGCAUACACAUGAUCGUAAGAAGAUUGGCCACCAACGCAACAAGAUCGGCAGCUCGGCAGGAGAGACGCAGCGGACCACGUCACGAUUCUUUGGUGCAAUACGAAGCGCUGCAUUGGUCUUGCGUGCGUGUCUCGAACCGAAAGGCGCCUCCGCGCCAGGAUUGGCAACCCAAUUGCUGCAUCAGCUGCUGACACCGAGCUUUGUCCGAGUGCUGCGUUCAUCCCCUGAUCGAUUUGUCCUGGCGAUGCAAACUGCUGAAGACAUUGACACGGCAACGCUCAUCUGGACCGUAAGUAUGAGGCAACGGUUGCAAAAGUGCAUCACAACUGAGCUCGCAAAGGUACAAGCUGCAGCUGCGACAAAGACGUGGCCACGCUGGAACCCUGAACACUUGAUAGCCGCCGACUCGUUCCGGUACCAGUACCCAGAGCUUUCAAGUGUACUCGUUCUGCAUGACGUUUAUCUGGCAAAGUUUGUGGCGACACCUAUGAACGACUUGGACUUACGAGAUAUCGACAUUGCAUCGUUCUCCGAGGCAUUGCUGAUCUCAAUCCAGAGUCAUGAAAACGUGUUGCGCAUACUGCAAGAGCGAAGAUCAAGUGACCAUACGAAAGAAGCUGCAGUUCGUCUGAUGCGGCAGACUCUGGAUAAGCUUGUGAGGCGGCAUCCGCAGCACAAUCUCGAAGUGAAUGAUGCCCGUCCUGGUGCGCUGCUUCCACCUCAUUUGCUCGCAGAAUCGUCCAACAUGGCAAGUCCUUCCAGCAAUGAAUCACUGGGCAUGCAGACAUCAGCAGCAGCAGGAACGUCUCCGUUUUCAUCGAUGAAUGGCCAAGAUUGGGACUCGCUGCGUUUCCAGCGCUGCAGUUUGUCAGAAAUUGACGACCUGACCGUCUGA